AUCCAAUGCAUUAAUUCUCGAAAAUUAGGCCUAGGCUAAUGAUCAUCGGUUCGACUUACACCAGAUUUACUGUAUGAUGCGUUUAUGGGUCUUUUUUUGGAUUUUGAACUCUGUGUUGAAAUUCUUGCAGCUCAGUGUAUUUUAAACUGUUACUAUCAAUGGAUGACGUCGUCUUCCUUCAAUUUGCCUUUGAUCUAGAUUUCUCCUUGAUAUUUUCAACAUUCUCACCUUCAAUCUAAGAUAUAUUAUACAUUGAUUCAACAGAGGGACAGAUCAUAGAGAUGAUGACCGACCUCAAACUCAAGGAGAGAUGAUAGAUCUUUGUGCUUGCCUUGACAAAGAUGGCCUUUUAUAUCAAGCCACCAGAGGGGUUUGGAGCCCUUGAGAAGCUGAGGGUUUACGCCUUGAGACGGAUGAACUUCCUUAUUGAGGUGUUAAAAUGUGCUGAAGCAACUGACUUUCAGGUACUCUUGGAGAAGGGUACGACUGCUGUACACUCUGAUUGUCUCAUAGAAGGGUCUAGGAAAGACAGGAUUUCACACUUUCUAUUACGCCUCGUGUACAGUUCUGAUGCAGAGCUCUCCUCUUACAUGUUGAAGGCUGAGACGGAACUCUUCUGUCACAGGUUUUCCUGUAUGAACUCUGAAGAACUUGUCAAGUUCUUAAAAGCCACCCAUCGCUUCCUAUGUAGACUUCAAAGACAUCAAAAACUCCAAGAACUGAACUCUGCCUCCACUUCCCAAGGAUCUCGUCCAAGGCCAGUCGUCCUGUCCUCCAUCUCAAGGUCUCGUGAGGCAUACUCCACUGCUGUGAGUAAUCUCCUACAUGUCUUGAACCUGAUCCUUGAGACUGCAGGAUCCUGGAAGCUGGCAGUGAAGCUGUACAUGGACUACUCCUGCUGCGUGUUUGCUGUUCCCUUUCAACAUGCCUUGUGUUUGGUGUCCUCACGUCAGGUCAUGUUAGAUAGAGGCAUGGCCUAUGUGUCGUUCUCAAACCUCCACGUCGUACUUGCAGCCAUGUUUGAGGAUAUUCUUCAGGAGGGUAUCAGGGUUGCGCGUUACGUUCCUCAGCAUGUCUUGGAGGAUUCCAGAAUGAGGAGUAUCUCAAGAGAGGUCCAUGCAGCUUUCCUAAGAGCUCAAGCAGGAUCUGGGAGCAAGACCAUCUCUGUUCAAGGAGAUGGGAAGGUCAUCAGAGAAUAUGAGAUAGAUCAUCUUCAUCGCUUCUUUCCACCAUGUAUGAGCCAUCUUCAUCGCACACUAAGGAAGAAGCAUCGGCUGAGGCACUUCUCUAGGAUCCAGUAUACACUCUUCUUAAAGAACAUCGGUCUACCCAUUGAUGAUGCCAUUCACUUCUGGAGGAGUGAGUACUCCAAACCAUCUCGUUGCCAUGACAACCGAGUUGGAGGAUGCCAGCACUCAUGGGCUAAAGAUGAGAGAAGGUAUACAUACAACAUCAGACAUCUGUAUGGGUUAGAGGGCUCCAGGACCAACUAUAGGGCUCACAGCUGCAAAUCAAUUCAGAUGAUGCAGCUUGGAUACGGUGAGGAAGGAGGAUGCCCUUUCAAGCAUUUUGAUGAUGCAAGCUUUCAAGGGCUGAUGGACAUAGAGGAGAUAGUAGGGCCAGAGAGAGAAGCAAUUGCUUUCGAGAGACAGAGGGGGAAAUACAACGUAGCUUGCAAGAGAUACCUGCAUGCUAAGCAGUCACAGAUCAGUAGGCAAUGUGAUAGGAGAGCAAUGCAUCAGCCAGGAAAGAAUUCAAGUUAUCAUAAUGACGGUAGUUUGGAGUUAGAGGUAACAGGAGGUAUCUCUAAAGAUGGACUUGUGAAGCAGGAGAGGCCUGCGAAUAUGAGUGUAAGAAAACAACACAUUGCUUUGGUACUUGAGUCAAAUGAUUCAUUGAUAAAGAAGAGUGAUGACAACAGUGGGGAAAUGAAGACUAAUGAUUUGCAACAUACUGGAUAUGGAAGCGAGUGCCUGGAAAGUUCACUUCAUAAACGUUCAAACAGUUGCCAGCCAUCGUUAAAUGUAGAUCCUGCAUCUGUAUGCGAUAGCUCAAAAACCUCUUGCCAUAUCGCCAAUGAAGAAAUAGCCACUGUAGAAAGCAGGACAGAUUUUCCUUGUAAAUAUGACUGUGGAGAUAUUCCCUUGUUACAAUGCAAAUCAUCAACUGCUAAUGACAUGUGCAAGGGAGCCAAAUGUAGUUGCCUCAGACCAUUAUCAAUGCCAGAUGGUACUAUGUCUAAAAGUAAGAUUAAGGAGAAUGCUUUAAAACGAGAAAGUGCAGUGACUUCUGAAGAUGGCCGAAAAGUACCAAAAAUGACAUCAGCUUUGAUUGAAUCUAAUGUCAUCGUGGAAAGUGCAAGAACUAACCACGAAGCUGAUGUGAAAGAGAAGUACAUAAUGCAUGAAUUUAAAUCAGUAAUAUUGCCCUCAUUUGGGAGAGAUGUGGUAGAGAGUCCAUCAGACAUAAAGUCUAGAGAAGAGGUCUCGAGUAGUAAGAUAAAACUUGAAGAAGAUUUGAGUGGUUUAAGGCUUAAAGUGGAAGAACUAAGUAUUCUUAGACCUUCCAAUUUUUACUAUAGUUUCAGAAGAAUGUUGAAUGGUUUGAAUCAAGACAAACUUGGGUAAAUGCCUGAAGAGCACUUGUUUUACUUCAGAUCUUCAAAGCUUAAAUACCAGUAACACCCAGCAGUUUGUCAACAAAUUUUAGCAAAGUUUGGAAAACUAGUAUUACUAGUAUAAGAUAUUUUGGUGUCCUGAUCUCAGAUGGCUUCAAGUAGUCUUUCCACAUCUUAGCCACCUGUAAGAAGGCCAACCAACAAUUAAGAUUUGUUCAUCAAAAUACCAGGUGAGGCAAAAGUGUAAAGAAUUCCAAAAGAGAAGACAGAUGUCUAGUAGGACAGAUAAACUCAAACCUAUGCUUUUAUCUUUGUAGUUUAAUGAAGUUAAUUGAAGAAACCUAAUAAUUAAUUUUGGUCAUUUUGACCUAUCUUAGAUCAAUGUUGUAUAUGGAGUAUAUAACAACUUAUUGUUUUCUUCAAUCAACUGGGAAGAGAAUGUCAAGAACUGGAGUGGACUAAAACUGCAAGAGUGCACCAGAAUGGCAGAAGAUAGAGUGAAAUGGAGAGAUGUUGCAAUCAACCUCCGAACCGGAGAAGAUACUUUGAUAGAUAGAUAGAUUGUUUUCAUAGGGCUUUUUUGAUACUGUGCAAUUUGUAGCUGCAAUGUGCAUGAUGUAGUUCAUAUUAAAUGUAUGCAAUUAUUGAUUUAAUGCAAAUGUAUUCACAAUUCUACAUGAAA